GCUGUGGAAGUGUCGGUCCGAAGUCCGAUUGCAUGCUGGUUUGCUGCUAUGCUUUAUUGCUUUGGUGGUUCAGUUUUGUCUUCAUUGAUGCUUGCAGAACCUCCCAUAGCAUUUCUGGCAAAGGGCACAAACACUCUACUGGCAUCUUCAGUCUGGUAUUUUGUGUUUUACUGCCCACAAGACAUAUUCUACCAGUGCUUUGCCUUUCUGCCUCUUCGGCUUCUUGUUGCAGGAAUGAAGGAAGUGGCUAGGACUUGGAAGAUAAUGGCUGGCGUUGCAUAUGCUGACAGUCACUUCAAAGAUGCCUGGCUUGUCAUGGUAGCUGUGGGCUGGGCCAGAGGAGCUGGUGGUGGCCUGAUGUCCAACUUUGAGCAGUUGGUGAGAGGAGUGUGGAAACCUGAAACCAAUGAACUACUGAAGAUGUCCUAG